CAACGACUAGACUUCCGCCUUUUAGCCAUGUACCUGCGUCUUUGCCCCGGACUGCCUCAGAUUUCUUACAUCUUCCUCCCUCCGCCCGCAAUCCGGCCUGCUCCUCCAUAAUCCACUCCUCCCGCGGCCCCACAAAGGAAUUGCCCCUCCCUCGGUCCCCUCACGAUACCCAUCCCAUCCAUCGCCUGCCAUGUCGUCCGGCUCGUCGUCACCACCCCCGGACAGCUUCAAGGACAAAGUCAAUAGCGUAGGCAAGGCCUUCCGCGGCCUGGAUCUCGACGGACACGACCUACCGCCCAGCCCAGCGCCUUCGAGUCCACGGAAUGGUCGGAAGUACGCUCUGGCGACCGAGUUGGUCUACACCGAGAGCACCGACCAGUACAAUGCUUCUAGCGUGCCCAUAUAUCAGUCCGCAACCUUCAAACAGGAAUCGGCCACCGGCGGAGGCGGAGAGUAUGACUACACGCGCUCUGGCAAUCCCACGCGCACCCAUCUCGAACGACACCUAGCUAAAAUCAUGAACGCCUCGCGCGCUCUCGUCGUCUCCUCCGGCAUGGGCGCAUUGGACGUAAUAACCCGCCUACUCCGCCCGGGCGACGAGGUCGUGACUGGAGACGACCUCUACGGCGGUACAAACCGCCUGCUGAAGUACCUCGCGACCAACGGCGGCAUCAUUGUCCACCAUGUCGACACUACCGACCCAGAGGCCGUCCGCAAAGUCCUCUCCCCCAAGACCGCCAUGGUCCUCCUUGAAAGCCCCACCAACCCCCUCAUCAAAAUCGCCGAUAUCCCGCGAGUAUCAAGCAUAACACACGCCGCGAACCCGUCAGCCAUCGUGGCCGUGGAUAAUACUAUGCUUUCGCCGCUCCUACAGAACCCGCUUGAUCUGGGCGCGGAUAUCGUCUACGAGAGCGGCACCAAGUACCUCUCCGGCCACCACGACCUGAUGGCUGGCGUGCUCGCAGUGAACGAUCCCGCGUUGGGCGAGAAACUCUACUUUACUAUCAACGCGUCCGGCGUCGGGCUCUCCCCCUUUGACUCCUGGCUGCUUCUUCGCGGAGUUAAAACCCUCGGCGUGCGCAUGGAGAAGCAACAAUCGAACGCGCAACGCAUUGCAGUCUUCCUCGAGUCCCAUGGCUUCAAAGUACGGUACCCCGGGUUACGGUCCCACCCACAGUAUGACCUGCACUGGAGCAUGGCGCGGGGCGCAGGCGCAGUUUUGUCUUUCGAAACAGGCGACGUCAAUGUCAGCGAGCGUAUUGUCGAGAGCGCAAAGCUAUGGGCGAUCAGCGUGAGUUUUGGAUGUGUAAACAGCUUGAUCAGCAUGCCGUGUCGCAUGAGCCAUGCCAGCAUUGAUGCGAAGACGAGGGCAGAGAGGGCGCUGCCUGAGGAUAUCAUUCGGUUGUGCGUGGGGAUUGAGGAUGUUGAGGAUCUGUUGGAUGAUUUGAGCCGCGCGGUGAGUUACAGUUUCUUCCAACGACGAUUUGGAUGGGUUACUGAUUUGUAUGGUAGCUCGUCCAAGCAGGCGCUGUAAACGUCUUUCCGAACGGCUUCCAUGCUAUCAACGCCGAUCCGCCAUCCGAGUCCGAGGAGACGGUGGCAAGCUCGAGCAAGUCGUAAGUCGUCUUAGUUUCACAGAGUAGUGGAGCGUGCAGUCGAGCUCCCUACCUCGUACAUACCAUCGUUGGCUGCAACUUUGAAAAUGUGGCACAAAAAAGGACUUGUAAGAAAGGGAUAUGUGGCGUUUGGCGUCUUAGUUCACAACUCAGG